UAUCGCCCCGCCAGCCCGCGUCGAGGUGACCGUCGGCAAGGGCGGGGACCAGGUGCGCUCUGCCUCGCGAGGCCGGAAACGACCACGGGAGAAGGCAGAGGAAGGCCCCGCCUCACGCCUGGAGAAGCAGGAGCGCGAAGCCACACGCUCGCGCUCCCAUGGUCGCAAAAAGUCAUCUGCCCCCCCUCCGCCACUCCCACAGGCCAACACUAGCGCCAGGAGAGCCCCCACCUCCUCCACACCCAUGGCCACAGGUAGCAAGGCUGGCACAGCAUGGGUGGCCUCCUUCCGGGAUGCAGCCCUGGUCCUGAGCAUUGAGCAUCUGCGCAGGGCCAUUUUCACCGCUCCGAGGGGCUCUUCGGGAGGACCUUCGGGAUGGGUGGCCGAGCACUUCCGCGACACCUUCUUGGCCUUCCCGAAGGCCCUCCCUACCUUGCUUGCUGUCUACCAGCAGUGGCUCCGGGGCGACUGCGCCCCGGCCGCACUUCCCAUGCUGGCAUCAUCCACCCUCGUCGCGCUCUCCAAGCCGAACAUGGACGUUCGGCCGAUAGCCAUAGGCGAGAGGCUGGCACUGGAGCCAGUGCUGGCGGACGGGGACGUGCAGCUGUGGUCAUACGCGGAUGACACGUACGUCCUGGGCACACCAGAGAGGGUGUUGCAGAGCUUCACUGCCAUUCAGAGGCGCUUGGGCGAGCUGGGCCUCUCGGUCCAGCCGCACAAGUGCCUGGUCUACCCAGCGGCGUCCACACGACCGGAGGAGUUGGCAGGCUUCACCGCCCUCGGCCUCGAUGUCGCGCGCCGGGGUUUGACGGUUGCGGGGGUGCCUGUCGGCACGGAGGAUUUCGUCCACACGAGACUCAGGGAGCGCCUGGAGCGGAUGGCCCGAGUGCUGCCGUGGCUGCCUAGGUUGCGUGACCCCCAGAUCGGUGAGUCCUUCAGACGGGCGCUCGCGGCGGAGGACCCCGCAGGGAUCGAUCCCCACAUCGCGACGGCUUUGGCAGACCUUCCACCGUCAGUCCGGGCCUUGCUGCCACCCCUGUCCUCUUGCAUCUCGAGCGCGCCGGACGGUCUGUUUUCUGAGCACUACCACGUCACCACGACCGUCCACAACGCCGUGAAGUACGUCCUUCGCGACAUCGCGCGCGAGGCGGGUUUCGCGGUCAGGGUGGAGGACACGGCGCUCAUCCCACACCUGGAGGAGCGGGGGGUGGCGGCGACGAGGCGGGUGCAGGAGAAGAUCAGGGACUGGCGGUCGGCCUUGGUAGGAGUGCAGCCGGAGCCGAUGUUCUAUGCGUGCGUUGCUGAGACUUUCGGGCACUUGAGCGUGCCACUGCGAGAUUUUCUGGGGCUCUGCUCACAGCGCAUAGCGACGCAGCGGCGGGACGCAGGUAGUGGGGAGGAGGCAUCGGCGCGGAUCUUUGAGUGCGCUCUCACCACGCGGGUUUCAGUGGCGCUGCAGCGUGCGCAGGCGAACAUUAUCACACAGCAUGCAGUGCGACAGCUGGGAGAGUCGGACGAUGCAUGGAUGCCGAUACCGGUACCGCUUGGCGCAGGCAGCUGGAGCGGACAUCACAUCAGUGGCUGCUUUGACAGUGUGGCCGAUAUGCAGUACCUGUUUGAUGGCUAUGUGUAGAUGAAAACAAGAGUAGGCUGUGCUUGAAACGCUGUGUCUGCGCUGUAGGCGCGGGUUGCUGCUUUGUCGUGUCCCUUGGACCCCUCCCUCCUUACAGUCACACCCCUCCUCUCUUCCACCUCUCUCACCUCCCCCUUUCUUUUCCCUUACUCUUAUCUUUCUU